AUGACACAACCAGAGUCGUAUAUCCGAAAAGUGAUGUGGCGCAAUUCUGCUUGUCCAAGGAUCAGCCGUCUCCCAGACUCCGUUCUUUCUCACAUUCUCUCCUUCGUCCCUACAACUGAUGCAGUGAAAACCGGCGUCUUGUCCACCAGGUGGAAGCACCUCUUUGCUUCCGCCAGUAAUGUCCACUUCGACGAUUCUCGUGUCGUCUGUGACUUCCUAAAUCGUAGAGGGAAAAGGCGUAAAACAGAUUUGGUCCCUCUUCAUAGUUUUGUGAUUUUCGUUUACAGAGUGUUGGCGCUGCGCAACUCACAGCUGAUAAAUAGAUUCCGUUUUAAAUGUGCUGCCGGCCAGUUUCUCGGGUACGAGAUGAAACCUCAUCUAAAUACAUGGAUAUCCGUUGCACUAUGGCAUGGUGUUCGAGAACUUGAUCUUCAUAUAUCACCGCUGACAAAAUCAAACCUCUUGCCUUGCCGUCUUUUUACCAGCGCAACACUGAGGGUUCUAAAAUUGACCAUGAAUGGCGCUGAGCUUAAUGUUCCUGCAAGUGUUCGUUUUUCAAGUCUGAAGAUUCUUCAUCUUCGGAGCAUGGUGUUCGUCGAUGAUGGUUCGGUUAAACGCUUAUUUUCUGGUUGCUCUGUGCUUGAAGAUCUACUCAUAGAAUUCUGCAAUUUUAACAGAAUGAAAGUCGUUGAUAUUUCAAUACCUACACUUCUAAUGCUGACCAUUAAUGGAAGAACAUCCAAUUACGAAAAUAAUCAAAAUAUAAUACCUCAGCCUCUCGAGGACAGUAGUCAAUUCUGUCUCCCACAAUUUCCCCACUUAACCUACUUGGAGCUUGAUUCUGCAUAUGCUAGUGAGUGGAAAGUGGUGUCUACGUUUAUUGAGAACUCCCCACAUCUUGAAGAGCUCAUCUUUCCACACUAUUUCACACGUACCAGCAGUUGGCCUGCGGGAUCACAAUCUCCCACUACCUUGCAGAAUAAAGGGCAGAAGUGCUUGUCAUCAAUGCUUCGAAAAAUUGAAAUAAGGAAAUUUAGUGGAAGUGAAUAUGAAUUCAAGCUGAUAGGGUAUUUUCUAAAGAUUUCAGAAGGACUGGAAAUGCUGACAAUCAUUAAAUCUUGGACAUAUGAUCUCAAGAGUUCAUUUGAUAUUAGUAAGAAACUAUUGAUGCUUCCAAGGCGUUACAAAACUUGUCAGAUCGAGCUCAACGGGUUAUAG